UCGAGUCGCAAAGAGCUAAGUUGUUAGACGUUUUUUGUACUGCUCCUGAGAACAAAAAUGAGUGACGGUUAUUCGAUUGAAGAUGUGGCUGCCUAUGAGGAGGUAGAUGAUGCUCCGGAGAGAGUUCUUACUUUGGAGGAGCAGAACGAACUAGCCGUGCAGAUGAUUAUCAAAUUGGCACAAAAGGAGCACGAGGACAAGUCCCAAGAUCAAUUUUAUCAGGGACAAUGACCAGACCGAGUAUGGCUUCAAGGAACUUAUGGAGGAUCUUAAUGUUUCUUCUUCGGAUGAGAGCGAUGAUGA